UCAGUGGGAGCUUGUUGGUGCAGACACGGACAUCCACUGUGCUUUUCUUGGAGAGUUGUCUGCUUCACAUGUUCGGAUGGAUUCCAGGGUGAAAGGGGAAGACUCAGAGGAAGUGGAGAUUGACUUGGAGGACUCCAGUGACUCUGAAGACUUUGAUAAUGGGGAGGAACCUCAGAUGCUGUGGAGGGCCUAUCCUGCUCAUGAGGAAGAGGACAGCAUUCAUACUUCUACGCUCGUGGAAAUCAGCGACACCAAGCCUCUGAUUAACGUCAGGGACCCCCGAGAUAUCAAUGACUGCCUCAAGGUAACGUUUGAGGAUGUGAUUGCUGAGCCAGUGUCAUUGCGCAGUGGCGACAGAGUUUGGAUCUGGAGCCACGCCCUGUUUGAGGUGUGCAGGGUUUGGAUCUACAGGGUCGUCACUGUGCUGCUGGCCAUUCCCAUGUCGGUGAUCUCUGGCCUCCUCUUUGCCAUCCUCAGCUGUUUCCACAUCUGGAUGGUGAGUCCCUGUGUCCAGUGUACUCGUAUGGGCACCCGCUGGCUGCAGAGCCUAUGGAGCAUCGUGCUGGGCAUCAUUGUGCGUCCCUUGUUCACGAGCGCUGGGAGAUGCUGCGCAGGCUUCAGCAUCCACCUGGCCGAAGAAUGACACGCACAUUCUUUACUACGUUAUUCAUACAGGACAUGAGGAUUUAUGAAGGACAUAUAAUCUCAGAGCGUGAUUUUUAAAGAGGAUGUGAGUUAAUAUCCCAUGAUACAAACUGAGCUACACAAUAACUUCUGUUACAGUGGCUGAGAUUUUUGUGAAGCAUGCAGCACUUUUACUUAUUUCAAAAUGGGGCUAUGUUUCUUAGAGUUUGAACUCAUUUCAGCAGAAUUUGUUAUGUUAAUUGAUUGUACUUCGUUCACUUGUUACAACAUUUUGGUUUGGUGUUAUAUUUUCCUGCAUUUUUUGAGUUUACCUCAAGAAGCAACAACUAUCAGGACAUUGCUUUGAUUACUUUGGUCACUCAUUUUAAACCUAGAAUAGAAAAGAACAACCAGUUAUAAUAAAUGUGUUUUUCUGGGAAGAAAUGACAACAAGAGACAUUUUUUACUGUUUGAAAUGAUAUGAGCUCUGAACACUUAACAUA